AUGCCAGAAGUUAAAAAUUAAUAGUAUUUAUACAAAAGGUACAAAAGAAUUGUAGUUUAAAGUUAAAAACUCAAACAUGAUAGAUAAAAGUUGUAGCUAGCUAACUUUGAUUAUGAUCAGUAAUACGAACCUUUUAGUGUUGAUUUACGUAAACACAGAGUACGCCAAGGAUGUCCUACAAGUUGUUAAAGCGAUAAAGAGUUGAAUACAUUAAAAAUCACUUAAAAAAGUAAAAUACAUGGCCAACUUGAUACGGCUGGACAUUCUAUAAUGUAAUAGCAUAACAUGAAGCAUCUACUCCUAUAUCGAAUAAUUAAAUUGCCAAGAUUUCAAGAGUUAAAUCAAGCAGUAGAUGAUGAAGAUUUUAUUCGAGAUGUAUUACAUUAUGAACAUUAAAUUAGAUUUGCAAAGUAACAUUUCCCCGAGGAUGAGAAUGGAUCACAAGUGUUAAUAAGUGAUUUUAAUUCAAAUAAAAUAGUUUUUUAACAUUAAAUUGAGGUUACCAUCAAAAAUUCAUUAAGAUCUAUAAUAAUAGUGGUAACAGUUUGA